AUGGCAACUAGCGAUUUGGAGCUUGGAGCUGGAGAUAGCCUUUGCCAUUCUGUCCAGUUUCUGCUUGAUUGUAAAGAAAAAGGAAGAAAACUUGGCAAUCAUGGUUUAGCAUCAAUUUUCAUGGUUCCUAGGGUCUGUCGGGAUCACAGCCCAAGUUCUUUUAACCCUAGGGUGGUCUCUAUUGGACCUCUCCACAGACAAGAUAAAAAAUUGCAAGAAUUUGAAGUUCAAAAAACGACUUAUUUACAUCAUCUACUGGAUCAUUCAGGUUGCAACCCAGAGAAAACGUUACAAGAAUGUGUGCACAAGGUGAGUAGGAAAAUAAAACUAGUCAAGGCAUGUUAUGCAGAGUCAAUGAUCUACAAUGAUGAAGAACUUGUUAGAAUGAUGGUUAUAGAUGGUUGUUUCAUACUUGAUUUCAUUCACCUUCUUUCAGAAGAUGAUGGACCAUUUCCAGUAAGCAUGUUGAUUGCUCCAUCAAUAGUUAAUGAUAUGGUGUUGAUAGAAAACCAAAUCCCUUUUUUUGUUCUUAAAGACAUCUUUGAGUCUACUAUUCUCCAAUUUAAACCAAACACCUCUCUUACAAACCAUAUCAAAAUACUUCUCAGACACUACAAUAUCUUUGGAGCAAAUUUAGUACAACGAAAUUUCAAAUUAGAUACAACUCAUGAUCAUAUUCUUGGCUUUCUACACAAAUGUUUCCAGCCUGUGCAUGAUAUCCCAACAGGAUCUAGAACACAUCCAAAGAGGCACAUGACCAUGGACCUAGAUAGGGCAGGGGUGAACUUUAGGCCUAAUGAAGAUGCAAAUUGGGCAAUGGCCAUUAAACUAGAAUUACCAAGGUUUUCAUGCUUCCCAUGGUUUUGGUCUAAGCCUACUCUGCGGAUGCCAAAAGUGACUCUUAAUGAUGACAGUGAACCAGUUUUAAGGAACCUCAUUACUUACGAGCAGUCAUCUCUAGUUCCUAAUUACGUCACAUCAUAUAUCUGUGCCAUGGAUAUGCUAAUCGAUACUCCAGAAGAUGUUGAAAAGUUGGUAAAAUCAGGUGUCAUUGCAAAUAAAUUAUGCUCGAAUGAGAAAGCUGUGAAUAUGAUAAACAGUGUAUGCAAAGAUGUUGCCUUACUGGAAUUUUUCUACCAUCAAGAGUGGCAAGAAUUGGAUAACUACUAUAAUAGUUACUGGCCUAAUGCUGCUGCAGGGUUGAAGCGUACAUAUUUCAGUAGUCCAUGGAAUGUGAUUGCUUUAUUUGCUGGAAUUGUGUUGUUUGUUCUGACGGUAGUUCAGACAAUCUUUACAAUCAAGGCUACAAAUCCAAUGAUUGUUAUUAAACAUUAA